CCUACUCGAUAUUAAAUUCAACAUUUUAAUAUAAAUGAAAUUUUGAAACAUGAUUAAAAAUUUAAUAAAGUAUCGUUAAGGGUAUAUCUAUGCACGAAUGUAUUAUCUAAUCAUUAUGAUUAAUCACAAUUUGAAAAUAAACCAUAAAAGUGGAACAUUUAUUUCACUUAGACAGUUGAAAACAUUUAGGUAAUACCUAAUAUCUUAAAUUAGCGUUUCAUGUUCAACGAUGAAUUCUUUGGAGGCGAUGGAUAUCCAAUCUUCAUUCUUGUUGGUGGAGAAUGGGACAUAGUAGAAGGCUGGCUGCGAGCCGGUAACAUGUACGAGGCGGCACGUGAGAAUAAGGGAUACCAGUUUUAUACAGAACAUAGAUAUUAUGGUCAAUCUUUGCCUUAUCGAAACUUUACUACACAGAAUUUACGUUUUUUGAACGUAGACCAAGCGCUAGCUGAUCUCGCACAAUUCAUAGGUGAAAUAAAGAGCCACCCCAGAUUCGCUAAUAGUAAAGUGGUGUUGUAUGGAGGCUCGUACGCGGCUAACAUGGUGAUAUGGUUCAAGCAGAGAUACCCGCACCUGGUGGUCGGUGGUGUCGGCUCCAGUGGACCUAUUUUGGCGAAAGUUGAUUUUACUGGAUAUUUGGAAGUUGUGCACGAAGCAUUUUUAUCGGAAGGGGGUGAGCAAUGCAUUGCAACAAUACGGCGGGGUAUAGCUGACACAAUAGCAGCCAUGAAUACGGAGACUGGAAGACGGGAGUUAGAGAAAAGCUAUAGAUUGUGCGGACCGUUAGACUACAACAAUGAAUUCGAGUUGGGAUACUUUUCGGGUCUCAUCAGUUGGACAUUCUCCACUUCCGUGCAACAAGCCCGACCUGGCACACUUCGAACCAUUUGUAAUAAUUUCGCAAGUGAAGCUUACGGAACAAAUCCAAUGGAAAAAAUCGGUGGUUACAUCGCUGCCAUCCGCAACUUAGCUGCAAACGACUGUUGGAACUUGAAUUACGACAAUUACGUAGAAGGCUAUAGAAACAGGAACACCAAUUCUCGUGCUUGGUACUACCAAACGUGCACGGAGUACGGAUACUACCAGACUGCGCCACGCAUUGGCACCGUGUUCGACCAACUGCGCUGGCUGACUGUUGCCUUCUAUGUGGAUGUUUGUAAACAAGCUUAUGAUCCAAGUUUCGACGAAGCCUUCGUAUAUGCGGCCGCAGAGCGCGUCAAUCGCGUUUUCGGCGGCCUCGAACCCAGAGUCAACAAUACCGUCAACAUACACGGUUUCAUCGAUCCGUGGCGCGCUCUCGGAGUCUACGAGCAGGAUUUGUCCGAGACUUCUCCUACUUAUACUGUACCGAGGGCAUCCCAUUGUUUCGACAUGCAACGCUGGCUCUCAACAGACACAAUUAGAAUGACAAACGCGCAACAAGCAGCGCGAAGACUGAUUGCAAGUUGGCUAAAGUGAUUCUUCUUUUAUAUUGUACAAUGUAGAAUAAAUAUUUUUAAUUCA